GAAAAUCCGGCACCUGAGCCUGGACCAGAGCCCAAACCCGAACCAAAACCAGAGCCACAGCCCGAGCCAAAACCAGAACCAAAACCCGAACCAAAACCAGAACCGCAGCCGGAGCCCGAAUGCAAAGAUGUAGCGCCGAACUGUCGCCAUUUAAUCUAUCUAUGUAACGACACACUUUACGCUCCACUAAUGACUUUGUUGUGCGCGCAAACAUGCGGCAAAUGCGGCGAAGGUUAA